AUGCCACCAAAUGCGUCGGGGCAAUGGUCGGAGAUACAGUGCGACUACUUUGACACCGUCCGAAAUUAUCAGGUAACGGGGUUUUUUAUCAUUGGAGCGCAAUUUCUGAUGAAAAAAGAGCUUCUUUUUCUUUAAACUGCAGUCUGGGGCCGUCUGGACUUUUUCGGAAUUUUUCAUUUUCUUCGUGACGAAAGAAUAUUUUUUUGAGGGCGAAUGAAGAAUUUUAUCAUUGGAGCGCAUUUGCUGAUGAAAAAAUAGAUUUUUUUUUCUUUAAACUGCAGGUUAUAUCUUUGAGGACUUUUUCGGAAUUUUCAUUUUUCUCGUGACGAAAAUAAUGUUUUUUCAAGGGCGAAUGAAGAAUUUUAUCAAUGGAGCGCAUUUGCUGAUGAAAAAAUAGCUUUUUUUUUCUUUAAACUGCAGUCUAUGGCUCUAAGAACUUUUUCGGAAAUUUCCAAUUUUCUCGUCACGAAAAUAAUGUUUCUUAAGAGCGAAUGAAGAUUUUUAUCAAUGGAGCGCAUUUAGUAGCAAAAUUUGAGCUUCCAAGAUUUUUAGGGCAGUUUUCUAUAGAGGAUCUCUAAUUUUUUUUUUAAACUUCAAAGAAAGUCUGGACCAAUUUUUAAGCUUGCCGAAUCCUCAAAAAACCCAAAAAAGUCAGAUUUCUAACAGAAAACAAAGCCAUUUUUUUCCUCCAUCAGAUCUAUUUUGAGAUGACGCCAAAUUGACUAUUAUUGCUUUGAAAUGGGUUUCUCCAUUUGGAAGGACAAAAUAAUAGAAAAAAUUCUGGUUUUUAAAUGACGUGAUCUGGUUUUUGAAUGGAAUUAGGCGUAGAAAAAAAUGAAUUUUUCCAGACGAAAAUGAGAAAAAUUUGGAUAAUUUUUGUUUGAUUUAUGAGGAAAUUCAGGGCUGAUUUUUUUGGUUUUUCUUUGGAGUUUUUAGUUAUAAAUUUGCACUGUUUUUUUAGAUAAAUUUGACGAAAAUAUGAGAAAAUUUAUGAUCCGAUCGAUUUUUUGGUGAUAUUUGAUUGGUUUUUGAGCCGAAAUGAGGUAAAUUAAUCUGACUUCAAGGAUCUUUUCAAGAAAAUGUGGCCAAUUCUUGAUUUUAAGCAAGUUUGUAGUGUGGAAUAUCCCAUAGUCAUGCCGAAAUUUUGGUUCCAGUGAAAAAUUUGGUCGUUUUAUUGCAGAUGAAAGGCAAUUGAAAACCAAAAAUAGCCCUGCAAAAUGAAGUUUGAGGGGCAGAAAAAUAGGCAAUUUUCCUGGGUUGGCUUGGAAAAAAGAAGGCUUGAAAGUCGAGUUGAAUUUUUGAAAUUUGAGUUACUUUGGAAAUUAUGAAUUACUUGUAUCACUGAUUGUUGGGAAAUUUCAAGAAAAAGCUGUUUUCUCCGUUCCAAAACCGAAAUAAUCCUCAAAUUUUUCAUUUUCGGCUCCAUUUUUGCUCGAGUUGAAAGAUUGCCCGUCUAGUUAUUUUUUCCGCCCCCCUAGGUAGACUGGAAAUUAUCCCGAAAGGCUAUACAUCAUAGACUAGGCAAUAAGUAUAAAUAUAUAUAUUCAUGGUUUUGGCGGGGAGAGAUGAAAAGUUGCCGUCCUCAGAUAUUUAACGUCUCCCGUUUCUUGCCUCGUCGAUUGAAGGGGAAGGCUUCCAUUUGUUUCGACAAGGCGCCAGGGGGGGCGGACACAUGCCUCAAAGUCUGAGCGACCGCUUCCGGCAGCUAUUUUUUCGCUUGUUUCUCCCAGAAAUGUUAUGUUUGAUGGAAGAAAAAGGCAUGUUUGAGAUAAUCGAGGGGCUAUUUGGGGUUUCGGAGGCUUUUGAGCAAAAAAAUUCCACAAAAAUGAAUAAAAUUGAGCUUGAAAAUAGAUGGGAAAAAAUAGCCGCGUGACAGUGACCUUUCGCGCUCCAACGCUAAUUUCUUGGAAUAGGUUUUUCUAUUGUUAGUUAUAAACAAAUGAAGCCAAAAAUGUAGAAAAUUGAGCUUGAAAACAGCCGAGAAAAAAUAGCCGCGUGAUAGUAACCUCUUGCGCUCCAACGCUAAUUUCUUGAAAAGUGUCUUUCCAUUCCAAGAAAUAAUCAAAUACAGCCAAAAAAGAACAAAAUUGAGCUUGAAAACAGCCGAGAAAAAAUAGCCGCGGGAUAGGAACCUUUUGCGCUCCAACGCUAAUUUCUUAAAGACGGUCUUUGACUUCUAAGGUUUCCAAGAUUUGAAGCCGAGAAGUAGACUAUACGAUCAAAAAAUCAUAAAUUUUGGAAGAAAAAAUAGUCGGGAAAGAAUGGCCGCAAGUAGCUAGCCAUUCGUGCUCUAUUGCUAAUUUUAUGUCGAAUUCAAACUCAUUGCAUUUCUCAUGUGUGAAUCUUUGUACAGCUCGAAAAAAAAAGGCAAUGAUUUUGCUGGACCUGCUAGAAUUUUCUUGCGAAACAGGUGUUUCCUGUUGAAUCGGUCACUUUUUUCUCCGACAGUUGUCGAACGGCUCUUUGAACUUUGCCGGAUCCAGUUUAUCCGCGUCCAAUCAAUGUCUCAUAGCCAUUAAUCACAGAGAAAUGUGCGAUUUUUCCGUCUUUUCCCCGGUUUCUGGGCUUUGCAGAAGCUGGGAAACACGGAAAAGCUUCGAAAAGAGAAAAAAAAGAUUUAAGAUUCGGUUGAAAAUAGGUACAACGAAGUCGUGUAGGAAAAUUUAAAAUCUACGAAUUUUCUUUUUCGAAAAAAUUAACCCAGAACUUUUUUCAAUGACUCACCCAAUGCUCUCCAAGCAAAAUUAAUUGCUCUUCUUUUUUUUUCGAAAUUGAAAUUAAAAUUACGUUUUCGUGAACCUCAAAUUGAGAGAACCCGUUCGAGGAAUAAGAAAUUGGAGCCGAACUUUUUUUUUUGCAGAACAAGAUCUUUUUUAUUACGUCCUUGCACUACUAAUUAGAAGGGAGAAGAUAUAGAAUGUCGCUUUUCGGUGGAUAUUUUUAAGGGAGGAGGCCGUUCUUUGAUUUUCAGACGGAAAUCUCGUGUGGGUAAUUCAAUGAACGGUUAUUGGGUGUUUGAGAAAAACGGCUGUUCUUUGUUGGUUUUUGGAGAACGGAGUUAGGGGUUCUGGAGGAAGACAUUGAAAAAAUUAUUUUCUUCAGAAGAACUGGGAAAAUAUUUAAUCGCCAGUAUAGAGGCUCCCCAAGGACUACUUGGAGAGGACACUAAAGUGGCCACUAAACCCACCUCUAUAGUGGCCAUUAUUUUCGCUUUUAGUGGUCCCAGAAGUUCUCUAUUUAGUGGCCACUUCGGUAGUUUUUCAUCUAGUGAUCCUUCCAGUGGCUCUGAUAAUUUUAAAACAAACAGAUUGGACCAGUUAUAAUGAUCCAUUGACCCCUAAAGUGGUCACUAAAACUUUUAGUGGUCAAGUAGUAGCACUUAGACCUCUAUAGUGGCCACUAAUUUUUAACCCCUGAAGUGGCCACUAGUUAGACUACUAUAGUGGCCACUGAAACUUCAAAACCCUAUAGUGGCCACUAGUUUUAAAUCCCUUGAGUGGCCACUAAAACUUCAAAACCCUAUAGUGGCCACUAGUUUUAAAUCCCUUGAGUGGCCACUAAAACUUCAAAACCCUAUAGUGGCCACUAAUUUUUAACCCCUCAAGUGGUCACUAAUUCAAAGUGGACUACUAUAGCGGCCAUCACAACGUCAAAACCCUAUAGUGGCCACUAAAAACCCUUCCCAGAACCUGGAAUAUUUUGAUUUUUAGUUAUUCAACUAGCCAUUUCUCUUGAAACUCGAGAUUUUUGCACAAAUCUUUUUUUUUGAAUGAAAAUUCAAGUUCCAUGAUUUCUCCAUUACCCCUGUCUGAUUUAUCCUUUCGGAAUCUCCCAAAUUUUGUUUUCCCAAGGAAAAAUAAUAAUUAUAGCACAAUGACUCAAGUCUCUGCAAAAAAAAAAUUUUGUAUCUUGUGCGAAAAAUGGGAAAUUUUCUCACAGAGCUAUUUUUAUGUGUGUCCUCAUCACACAUAGUGAAAUUGACGGAAAAAAGUAGAAUUUGGGCUUCCAGUCAAAUCGACUACAUACACACACUCACGGCGUGUUUUUUAACGACUUUGUGUAGAGUAACGUUUUUUAUUGGCACUUGGACGGGAAGAAUCGGCCGCUUUUCCGGUCUAUUAGAAAAAUUUUUCCAGUGAGAUUGGAGAUGUUCUGAAGGGGUUUUUGAUUGGGAAAGUGGGAAAAAAAAGCCAUUCCAAGCACGGACAAAACGAGCUGAGCUGUAGAAUUUUCAAAUUUUCACAAAUCACAUAUUUUUAAGGCUUAGAAGUUCUUGAAAUCUGAUAUUGGGCGUCUUUUUUCGGAAAAAAUUGAGCCGUUUUUCAUGACCGCGACGCAACAAGCCAUUCCAAAUGCGGUCAAAAAGGAGUAAAAUGAAUGGCAAAAGCCUAGAAAGUCAUAAAAAUCAACACCUUUUAAGGCGCCUUGAAAUCUGAUAAUCUUCAAGUUUUUUUUUGAAAAAUUAUUUCCCUUCUUUUUUCAAAGCCGUCACGCAAUCGCGACGCAUCAAGCCAUUCCAAAUGUGGUCAAAAAGAAGUGAAACAAUUGACAAAAGCCUAGGAAAAAAAACUAGCACUUUUGAAGGCAUCUGAACACUGAAAAUCAGGUACCAAACUGGAUUUUUUUCUUUUUGAAAGCCGUGACGCAACCGCGACGCAACAAGCCAACAAACGUGGCUGAAAAGAUGAAUGAUCUAUGAAAGGACUAUCGUAAUCUGCUCACGAAAAAAAGCUCCCCGAAAAAUUCAAACUUCAACUUUAAGACGUCUGAGCUCUUGUUGAAAUCUCGCAUGAAUAACAUUUUCAAAACUCUUGCAAAUUGAAAAAAAAAGAUUUCCAACAACAGCUAUUUUAAUCCUUCCACGAAAUUCAAACUUCAGAAGCUUAAAAAUGUCUGAAAGGCUGAUUCAUUGGAGUUUUCUGCAGAACAGCGUCUACAAAAUCAACUUUGACGGGUCGCCGAUCGUACCGCUGUACGGACUCGUCUGCACGUUCGGCGCCAUCGCCAAUUUCGUCGUUUUGUUCGCGUUUGCGAGGACGGCGAACCUGAGGAAUCUCAGGAAUAGGUGAGCCUUUUUAGCAUGAAAAAUUAGAUAAAACAAAGGAAAUUCAACCUCUUAGAAGCUGAAGAGCGCAUUGAGCCACUUGAAAUAGAAAAAUCUGAAAAAAACUUCAGUUUUAACAAAAUUUAGACCUUUUCUGGCAACAGUAAGAGUUCAAUUCUGAAGCCUCAUUGGUUCAUAAAUAGAUCCGGAAGCCACAACGCGACCGCGACACGUUUAGCCAUUCCAAGUGCGACCAAAAUGGUCACCUAAAUCAGUUUGGAUGACUUUUUUCAAACGACCAAAUUUUUUUUCCUCCACUUUUCCAAGCAUCCUCAGCUCUCAAAUUCAAUAAAAUUUAUAUAUCUCCUCAUUUUGGACCUCUGCCAAGGGCAACCGAAUAAGAAGAAGCAGAAAAAAACGUCAUAGACCAAUUUUCUUGAAACGAUUAAUGAGCACCCAUCAUUCUUUUUCCUUGAUUUUUCGCAAAAGUCCUGAAAACAGGGAGCCUUUUUUUUCAGCUUCAUCGUCAAUUUGGCCUUCUCGGACCUACUUUUAUGCGUUGUGACGGCGCCAGUGACGCUCUACACGAGCCUCAACUUGUUUUGGCCCUUUGGCGAUAUUUCCUGCAAAGUGGUUCGUCUUUUUCGGGGGCUCAAUGUGGAAGAAUUGAAAGACAGGGAGAAAAUUAAAGAGACUGAUUUAUUUUUACGAUGUUCCGUUGGAACGCUCCGGGAAGGUUUUGAAGUCUGAAAUUUUUCCCGGUGCUGUUAAAACGUGCUGUAUUUCCUGGAACAUUUUGAAAUUUAGAACGAAAUGUUUAUAAAAGUCAUGACAAAAAAUUUGAAAAUAAAUUAAAAUUAAAAAGUUACUCUUUCCACUCUUCGCUUCGAAGAUUUCUCAAAUUUUUUUCCAUGCUCCUUUAAUAGCGAGGUGUGAUUCAGUUUUUUUUUUCUUGGUUUCUUCAAUUAUUCUACAUCGAAUAAUAGGAAUUUGAGAUGCUCUGUGAACUGAAACUACAUAAGAGGGGUAAAAAGAACAGUCAUUACAACUCCAGAAAGUUUCAGAACGAUUAGAAGAAAGUUGUGACUGAAACUCCGUUUUUUUGUAUUUAUUCUGACGGUACCGUAUACUGAAGCACUAGGAAUUGAGAAGGAAAUGAGUCGAAUAUUGGGAAAAAUACGAAUUUUAAAAUAUUAAUACAAUUUGACAAAAUAUUUAUGUCGGAGGUGUCAGCUUUUCUUGAACGAUGUUCCAUUGAAAAGUUUCAAAAACUGAUUUUUCGUUUUCAGUUAGCCGGUGUCCAGGCAGUCAACACCUUCGUUUCUUCCUUGACCCUGGCUUUUAUCGCGAUGGACCGAGUUCUUUUGACCCUCUGCCCCGUGAAAUGGUUCGUUUUUGAGCUUCUCCUUGACGAAUUUCCAGAACUAUUUGUUUUUUCUAGAAGCCAUAUGAAGGUUUUCAGAAGUUUGAGGGUCUUUUAGAACAUCUUCACUAGUUAUUUUGAGUAUAUUGGAGCCUCAUCUCAUUGUCUUAAGCGUUUCCUAUCUUUUUAGAAAAUUUUAAAAUUUCACAUUUUCAUUGAAAGUUUGUAUGAAAAUCUCAUGAAAACCCCCAAAUUCCAGGCGCUUGGCCGCCACAGCGCCAGUGAUGUGUUAUUUCGUCGUCUGGGUCAUUUCGAUUAUGGUAGCGCUACCGUACGCCCUGGCGGUACGGUCAAAGUUGGCCCCAUUUGAUCCCUGGAACGACAGAGCCACGCCGAAAAUGGUAGGCUUUUGAUGAAUUGCCUUUUUCCUUGAAAGUUAUGAUUUUUUUGCUUUUUUGCUCCGAAACACUGAACAUUGAAAAAGUAGCGAUUCGAGAUUGAGUAAUGACAAAACUUUGGUUUUGAAACGAAAAAAACCUUGUCAGCAUACACAAGAACUGACACGAAAUGACAUUUAUUCCCACAAAUUUCAGCUCUCGUUUUGCAACAAGGGGUUUCCGGAAGUUUGCGCCGAGAUGCAGGAAGCGUGGGACAACGCCGCCAUCUCCAAGACCACCUACACUUUUGUCGUAUUGGGAAUUCAGGUAUGAAAUCGGAUUUUCGUUUGGAAACUUCACUAUAGUUCAAUCACAACUGUUUCCGAGCAAAAAAAAAUAAAACAAAGGCACUUAUUUUGUCCUACGUCUCGUAGAUAUUAUCUCAGAUCCUCCAAAGUUCAGUUAUCUUUCCCUCUCUCUGACGCUUAUUUUCGAUUCUGAAAAACUUAUUCAGAAAGGUACAAUGAAAUAGACUGCGUAGAAGCGAUUUUUCUCCCAUCUUGUAGUUUUUUUUAUUUUAAUAAUUUUUUGUGUUCCUCUCUAACGAUAACCUUUUAAAUCCGAAAAUUCCAAUCCAUAAAACCAAGAAAAAAUCAGAGAAAAAUACGAUGAAAAAUACGACACUCCACUUGACGGCUUAGCCGUGGCGCUAAUUUUCCACUUUUUUAUUGAUUAGUUCAAAAACUUUCCUUCCUUUUUUAUUUUUUUUUCCUUCUUUCUCUUUCUAAUUUUUUUGAAUACGUUCUCUGUGGUGUUCAAAGACUCGAAAAUCACGCUUGAAUUGAAUUUGCGCUGAAAAUGGCUAAUCACAUUGAUCCCUUACUGAAAUUUUCAUGUGCUUCUUUUAAAUUCCAAUGAAGGAUUUCGGAAUAGAAUCUACUCUGUUUGUUGCUAGCUUUUGGUAGGAAAUUACUACAGAGCCGUCUGAAUCUCUUGUUUGUUCAUACUAUUUCGCUGAUGGUUUCCUAAUUUAUGGGUAAUUGACUAUAUUUCCCGGGAAUCAGAAAAAAAUAAACGUCUUUUUUUCCUAUUUUUUUCAUCUUAAGCAAUUAUCAAUUUCUGGCUGUGCAAUAUUCGAAAAAAAUCUCUGACUCUCAAAAAAAUAUUCAUUAUCUUUUUUUCCUUCUCUAACGGUCGUUUUUUUGCCGCAAGCACUGCAAACGCAAUGUGAAUUUUUUUUAUUUUUUAUGAAAAUGUAUGAAAUUUUUCUAUUUUUGCAAUAUUUGAUUUCUAAAUUACAGUACCUGCUCCCGCUCGGCGCCCUAGCCUAUGCCUACUUCCAAAUCGGGGCCACCAUCCGGAAAAGAUCGAAAGUCUCGCGGACGGUCGAUCAGAGCCGCCGGCUUCACAUGCAAAACCGCAACCGGUACAAAAUAAUUGACCCAUAGACCCAUCUUUACCCAAAUUUCUGCAGACGAGCUCUUCUCCUCCUUUUCCUGUUGGUCUUGACAUACGCCAUUUGCUGGGCGCCGAUGAACGUCUAUCACGUGUUGAAUGGCCUCGAAUUCAUCAAUUAUUCCCAGAACAUGUGAGUUGAACCGUUGCGGCUGAUGUCUUCAUAAGGGGAGGUUCCCGAAGAAAUGCCAUCUUUUAAAUAAAUUCCAGAGAUCAAAAAUAAUGGGGAGGUGAAAAUCGAUGAGGGAAGUUCAUUGGCAUUCUUAUUCCAUCAGGACGGGAAGCCUAAUUGAAUUUCGAGGGCGGGAGUUUGUAGUUUGCUCAAGUUUUCACAGCAGGGAAAGUUUUGAAAAGACGAGAAAGGAGCAGUUUUUGGGAUUAUAGUGAUUUUUCACUAAUUUUUGGAUCAGUUGACCACUUUGAAAUUUCCUGAGCCCUUCAUACAAACUUGAUAUAGGCCAUUCCGCGCCAGCUUGUCACGUUUUUGUUUCCUCCAAAAGGCCAGGUCAAAUUUAACCAACUUUCGCUUCAAGACCUUUGUUUCUUGCCGUUAUAAAAGCAGAAAUUUGAUCUAAUUUGGUAUACGGUCUUUUUGGCGGAAAGAAAAACGUGACAAGCUAAGAAGUUGCUUCCAAUGGUUUCUACAAGAAUAUUGAAAAAGAUUUUUCAUGAACCAUUUUAGGUACCUAUUCUGCCACCUGGUGGGUAUCGCCUCGGCCUGCGUGAAUCCGAUCGUCUACGCGUUGGUCAACGAAUCGUUCCGGAACGCCCUCCACUCGAUGAUCCUCUCCUUUCGGCCGUGCUACGUGACGACCGCGGGAGGAGCCUCUACCAACGUCUACAGCUACACCGCCGCAACCAAGGCCGACCACAUCACUGUUGUACGUUUUUUGUUCCCGCGUAAACAUUUAUGUAAAGGUAGGUAUUACGAUUUGCUUAGAGUGAUCUCGCAAGCUCCGCCCCAGCCAUAAGCCAAUCAGAACGAGGGUGAUUUGAAUGACGUCAUUGCGCUUGACAUUCAAAAGCUGAACAGACUUUAUGUCACUGAUAGAACUUGGAAUUUAGUUUAAAAGAAUCACAACUAGGGAAAAAAACAAGCCAUUUUUCAAGACCCGAAAAAAUGAGUUUUUCACUGAAUACGAAGCAUUAUUUUUCCAAAAUUGAGAUGAAUAUCAGGAAAUUUUCUCAUAAUUAACAAGAAAUAUAGAAUCAAGGCUUAUAUUAUAGCGAUAAAAUUGUUUAAAAAAAUCUCAAUAUAGAAUUUUCAGGUCAAAGACGCCCUGAUAUCCCCUCGCGACAAGCCGGCUGACGUCUGA